AAAAAAAAGAAACGUCCCAACUAAGGUUCCGACUUCGUCCACAAAAUAUUUGAUCCGCUUUCCAUCACUUUUAUUUUCGUUUCCUUCUACUCCACAUUUGAGGUAAAUUUUUUCCCUGUCGUUAUCCAGCAAUAAUCAUGUCGAAUCAAAGUGUGGCGAACAAUGAGCAAACAGACCUGAAAGAUUUAGCGAGAAAGCUAUCCGAUGCCUACUAUAACACAUUACAAUACGCUACUCUGGACCAAGAGCAGGUCAUUCACAAUCUACAACAACUUGCUAAGUACAGUAACGAUUUGCCAACAUCAUGGUUCACUCCUCAGCUUUUAGAUACACUAGCUCAGCUAAAAAGCCGCUUCAUAACCGCUGCUGACCUACAACUAAAAAUUUUGGAAUCCAUCAUUGCACUUUACUCCAGCUGGCUUCGACGACUUACCUCUGUGCAAAAAGAGCAUCAACAGCAGUUAUCCCUCGUUAUUUCAGUACUAUCUGAUGUAUUUAAAAUGGAAGAUGAGGCUUAUAGACCGCUACAGAAGGAUGCUUGGGUAGGUUGGGUCUCAUUGAUUGGUAAAAGUACAGUACUGGAUAUCACUUUGUUGGAAGGCAUGACCAAGGUUUUGGAGAACUUUACAGCCAACGGCCAUAAUAUAGUGAAGAACACACCCUUUUCUGACACUUUGAGUGCGGGUGUAGCUCAUGCACUAGCGCAAACCAGCACACUGAAUGAAUUUGAAGUAAACCAUUGUGAGCGGUUGCUGCAGGCUUUUUUGCAUUUCGUUUCUACUUCUACUUCCCCUAAAAGUCAGAGUAAAAGCGAUAUAUUGGGAAUACAAGGCCCCAUGACUGUCGUGAAUACAUUCGAACAUGUAGUCGACGUACGGUCAAAGGAAGAGCCCCGAACACGAGCCGAAGCCAAUUUGAGUACACUUGUACAUUUAGUAAUAGACUUGAAUGAAAAAGGGAAGGAAGACGAUCUUUCACCGAACAGAAUUGCAAAAGUAGCUGCAUUGGCUGGAACAGUGCGGAUGUUGCAAUUUAAUCAGGGAAAAAAGACAAAGAAGGUUUCAAUGUUACGUGAAGAAGCCGAAGAGUAUUUAUUGCGCCAGGUAGAUACUAUUGUGAACACACUAUCAUCUGCGAAGUAUUUGAAGCAAUACCAUGCAUAUCAAGACACGGUUACCUUUUUGGUUUCAUGUUUUCUCAUACAAAUUCCUGAAGAUAGAGUAUCAACACUCAAGGAACUACCCAAUUUACUCAAAAUGAUGACUUCGACUUUACUCACAAGUCCUGAAACUUUCAAUUCUUGUGAUAUCAUGCAUCGACUCAAAGUGAGUCCUGACAUAAAAGAUGAAGUGAACUAUUUGGUACAUCAAUCGCCCCUUUUCAAAGAAAUUGGUCGCAUUUCUCGUGCCAUGGCAAAAACAAUAGCAGCUAUGCUGCAGAAAGACAGCAAGACAAUGGACGGAAAGGAUGCUGCUAAAACAAUCGAAAUUAUGCUUGACCGAUUAGUUGGAUUUUCUUACAAUACAUUUUUUGAUUGGGAUCAAUACAAAGCAAAUACAGCAACCAUCCCCUUAAAUCCUAACGAUACAGACAUAAUGAAACAGAUUGAUAACUCUGUCUGGACAAUAUUGAAGAGUUUGCUUUUCUCGUUUACAGUAAUCUUGAAAUCGGUUGCCGUCGAUGUUCCUAACGGAGAGGGAUUGAUCAGAGUAAAACAUGCUGCGCAGGAUAUUGUUAGCAUUUAUGCUAAUCUAAACUUUGUAACUGAGCAUUUGCCUGAAGGACAAGGACGUCAAGCAUAUGAAGACAUUAUGACAAAUGCGGUAGCCUAUUUAUUGAACAAAGAAAAUAGUUGCGAAUUGAAUAGACUUAUAUCAUUAGCAUUCAAAGAUUAUGCUACACAGAAAUACCUACCGGAUAAUACAGAAUCUUAUGAAUUACUAUCUAUGGUUAAACAGACCAGACUGACUUUCUUUACUGAUUUAUCUGAGCAAGUAAUGCAAGCUAUCGAUGAAAGAUUAUUCGAAGAAGACAUUUUGCCCGUCAUAUACCCUAUACUGAAAUGGAGGAGGAUCGAAAACAAGGCUUUGUACGAAAGUGCGCACUCUUGUGUUAUAUCCGCUUUCACAUCUGAAAAGGCCGUUUCGAAAGAGUUAGCAGGAGUUUAUGGCAAGAUUCUUAUUGAGGGUUUUCCUGAACCAAUGACUUUAGAUCAACUAAGAUAUGGUUUCAAUACACUCGUACAAGCUCUUUGCGAAAUGGAUGAUGCAUUGGCUUGGCUUACCGUAAACCAUUUGAUUCAGAAAAUCGACUCCCUUAAGGCAAAUGAGAAGAACGUUGCGCUUCGAAAUCAAUAUAUUACCGCGUUGAUUGAUCUCUUGAAGCCGUUAUCUUUAGGUCCUUUCUUCCCUUUUAUUUUGAAGGAAAUAGAGAUGCUGGUACAUUCUCAAGAGAGUAAAGAGAUACAAAGGGCCACGAUGAAAAUAGUCUUUGAAACUGUUAGUGGUCCUGGUAUUUCUGAUUUGAGGAGAACUGAAGCUGUAGGCUGGUUCCUGGAUUUAAAGCACGAUUUGAAGCUCUAAAAAAGAUGAACAAACUGCUACUGGUUGACACACACUUCAUCUUCAAAUAGAAGAUGUAUUAUUUAUUUAUUGAUAUGCAGUUCGACUGAGAAUAA